AUGCCUAAUAAGAAAGUUUCUUUAAAAUACUUAAAUAAUUCACAAAAUAUUACAAGUGAAUUUUUAAAUGAGCUAAAAGGUGGUUUUGCUAUAGUAUAUUCAGCAAUAUGGAUGAAUGGCCCAUUAAAAUAUAAUGAAAAGAAAUACAAUAGGAAGCCUGAUAAAGAAGUUGCUCUGAAAGUUUUAUAUAAUUCACAAAAUAUUACUGAUGAAUUUAUAAAUGAGGUAUAA